AGCUUCUACGCCAGAGUCCGCUCAAGGAGCCUAGCCAGAGCGCCGACGUCUCUGUGGGGCGGGACUAAAACCGGGGGCGGUGCGCCGUGGCGGUGCGCAUGCGCCGUCGGGGUGCGCAGGCGUCAGGAUGGCUCGAACCAUGGAACCACUGACAAGGAAGAUCUUUAAAGGAGUUUUAGCUGCUGAACUUGUGGGUGUUUUUGGAGCUUAUUUGUUGUUUAAAAAGAUGAACUCGAGCCAAGAUUUCAGGCAAACAAUGAGCAAGACAUUUCCCUUUAUUUUGGAAGUUUAUUACAAAUCCAUUGAAAAGUCUGGAAUAUAUGGAGUUAGAGAGAAAGAUCAAGUAAAGUGGUUGGAUAGCAAAAAUUAAGGGUGAGUAGAAUCUUAACUUAUUAUUCACUCUGAAGCGCUCAUUUCCUUUGCCUUCUGGAUUUUUGAGGGAUUCUCAUCUUCUUUUUGAAAUUUUUCUUUUUCUUGAUGAUACUUUUCACAUCUCUGUUGUGUAGCCAAUCAUCACGCUCAGCUUCCCACUUGAGUUGUUUGAAACCUUGGAGGGAGAAGGAAGAUGAGUCUAUGCCACCGUAGACUGACCCACAAAGUCCUCCUGAGUGGAACUGAAACCAGGCCGCGUGGCCUGUGCUCGCCACCCACUGUUGGUUGCUCUCCGUUUCUUUUCUUUUGUUUUUAUCGAGACAGGGUUUCUCUGUGUAGGUUUGGAGCCUUUCCUGUCACUUGCUCUGUAGACCAGGCUAGCCUCAAACUCAGAGAUCUGCCUGCCUCCCGAGUGCUGGGAUUAAAGGCGUGCCAAUGCCCGGCUAUUUUCUUAGAUGAGUAUUUUAGAAACGAAAGAAUACCGAAGGAUUUAUACUGAAAAGAUUUUUCUAUUUUUAUGAAAGAAUAGAAACUAAUAACAUUGGAAAUACUUAAAAAGGUCUUCAAAUAUACAAGAAUAAAUGCUUAGCCAAGUCAAAGUAAAACAGACUAAUUCUCCAAGGAAAAAAAUUGAGUCUAUAGUUAGUGUGGUUUAAUGUCGUACUCUGUGACAAGCUAGUUUUCUGCCGUUUAAGGAUAUCUAUAAGGAGAUACCAUUUAAAAAACUUGACUGACAAAUUCCAGGUGACCUGGUAGUGCAUACUUGUAGUCCUAUUGUUUGGGAGGUGGAGGGUGAAUAUCUCAAGGCUAGCCUGGGCUACAUAGUAAGUUUAAGAAAGAAGUCUAGGUUACACAAGACCCCAUUGGGGGAAAAACCAAUUUACUUACUUGCAUUAUCUUUGUUAGCCAUGGCGUUCAUGCCAAUAUUAUCAAACUUGGAUCCCAUGUUUUCAUCCAACAGAUGGCCAAACUUAAAA